UUUCGAAUCGGGCAGCCAUCCGCCGCCGCCGCCGCCGCCGCCGUGCCGCCGUGCCGCCGUCAAUCGUCGCGUCAUUAAUUCCGGCCAUUGUGCGCGUAAUCAGCAUUUGCAGAGGAACUCGCAAGAAACUCAAUGAAUAGGACGGGCGCGAUUCAGCGCGUACAAAGGGCAGCCGGCCACAGGCCCCUCCCCCAGUGCGGGGCGGAGUCGGCGACGUAAUCAAUGACGCUCGACCAAUCGCCGCGAGGGGCUGCGGGCGGCGUGUGCUGAUUGGCGGCCGCCGGCGAGCGCCCGCCCCUAAUCGUCGUCGGAGAGCCAGUGAACGACCAUCCAAAUUACCGAAAAAUUGUGAUAGAUUUGGAUUGUUCUCGAGAGAGGAGCCAGUGAAGAGCACUUCGAGCUCUCGGUGUGUUUUGCUUGUACCGUGGAGGACCUGAAGCCGCGGAAAAAAUCGUCGUGCGGUGUGACGCGUCUGCAAGGAGCAGCGAGUGGCCUCCAGCUUGUCUCAAGAACCGCUCCCGGUGGCCCAGAGUGGAUCCUCUCAGCUUUCCGCUGCUGGGCGCGCCCGGCGAGCCCGGCGAGCCCGGCGACGCGGACCCGGCCGACCCCAAUGACAUGACCCUGAGUCCCAAGCCGACGCCGUUCUCCGUUUCGGACAUCCUGUACCCGUACGACGAGGUGUACCGCAAGUCGGCCGCCCUGGAGCCGGGCCUGGUGCCCCUGGCCGGAUCGCCCGUCUACCGCGGCACUCAGCAGAACAUGACCAACCCGUACGCGCACAUGCACGUGCCGCAGCUGUCGGCGCCGGCGGCGGCGUUCCAGACCCAGUACUGCAACGCCGGCGACUUUGGCCACUAUACGGACGUGCGGAACACAUCGGCGGGAUGGUACAGCACGCCCACAGACCCGCGCUUCGCCAUCUCUCGGCUCAUGACGGGCUCGACCGGCAUGAACGUCAACAUGUCCAACAUGGCGUCCUUCGGCGCCUGCACCGACACCAAGCCCAUGCAGUUCCCGCUCAGCCAGCGGCGGAAGCGGCGCGUCCUCUUCACACAGGCGCAGGUGUACGAGCUGGAGCGGCGUUUUAAGCAGCAGAAGUACCUGUCCGCGCCGGAGCGGGAACAUCUGGCCAGCCUAAUCCACCUCACCCCGACCCAGGUGAAAAUCUGGUUCCAGAACCACCGCUACAAGUUCAAACGGCAGGCCAAGGAGAAGGCGAUGAGCGAGCAGGCCGGCUCGCCGCGCCGGGUGGCUGUGCCUGUUCUGGUGAAGGACGGCAAACCGUGCAGCAGCGGCAGCGGCAGCAGCAGCAGCAGCGCGGGCGUCGAGCCGGUCACCACCACCACGGCCGCUCCUCCGGUCACCCUCGGCAGCGAGCCGUGCGCCGCGCCGUCCCCGGGCGCCUCGCACGCCGGGCUGGGCUCCCUGGUUCCGCCGCCACAGCCGCCCCCUCAGCAGCAGCCGCACUACGCCAUGGGGUCUCCACCCGGAGGGAUGGUCUCGGGGAUGGAGCAGUACCGACAGAGCAUGACGCCCACCAUGUCGAGUAUGGGUCAGGGCGGCGGCGACGGCGGCCAGAUGUGCUCCUCGUACCUGCCGCUGCAGGGGCGCAGCUGGUAACCCGUCCGCCGCCGUCCGACUCGGAGGGAGGAUGGGGCGAGCUUCUGACGCCGCCGAUACGCCACUGACGGCAUGGUAGCGGGUCAGUGAAUUAUAGGUAAUUUAAAGGCUGCCGACAGACCCUGGCUGACUGUUGGAGCUUUCAUUGUCACAGCUCAGUCAGCAGUAACCAGUCCACCGCAGCCAAUCCCCGUCAGCUGCGGCUCCCUGACUGCCGAGCAGUCCAGUCCAGUCCAGUCGCCGCUCAGCUGCGCCCGACCGGCUGUCGGCCGGGUCACCCACCUGUUCCGACCGGCCGCAGUUCUGCCACGGGCGCGACGCUAGCCAAAUACACGGACCGACCAGCCGGUCCGGCCGUCACCGGCGACCUAUUGUGGCGCCCGGCCCGCUCCGUGCCACCGAGUGUUUGCGUUGGGGGCUGCGGCGGCCGGGCCGGCCGGUCGGCGCUGCUCGGGCCGCGGCAGCAGACAGCCCGACUCACCAGGCUGAUCCGAGCCAGCCCACUCCGCGAGCAGUGGUGGCUUUCACGCGCACACCCUCUCUGUUAUUGCGGAUGAGAGGACUAGUGGGAGGGCGAAGCGCGCGCAGUAUGUGAUGUCCCCGGCUGCUGACCUGAGUGUGAAGGGGUCGCGCGGAGUCCCCUCCCUCCCUCUGCUCGCGCCCCUCCUGCGCCCCCAUCCCCGCUCGACCACGCAAGACAAUCGGCCCGACAUCUGCAUGGAGCUGCCUCAGUGCGAGGUGUCCCGCCGCCGCUCAAAAGGUGCCCGGAGCGGCCGGGGCGCGCGCUAAAUUGACUGUCAAUGCCCGCCGUCGAGCCGCCCCUGAGAGCGUCGCCUCCGACGCCGGCGGCGCUGCGUCGACACCGUUGUACGUCGUCGAUUGAGUGUGAAGGUAUGUCGGCGUCGGCUAAUUACGCGGUGCACGUGUUAUUUAUGGCUACACGCUUCCGUUGUGUUAUUUAUUGUCUGUACCGCCUCGUGGGCGACUGGGGACCGUGAGAAGCGGCCGGCGGCGGGCGGCUGACCCCCGCCGCGCUGUCAAUCGCUGGAAUGUCCGACUUUAAGCGCCGAUGAACCUGUGCUCUGCCGCGCCGCUUUGUGCCGCCGUGAUCGACUUUCAGCUCCGCCGCAGAUACACUGAGCGCCGCCCGGCCCUCCCGGAAGGGGCCAGGUCGUUAAAUAGUGCCCGCGAUGCUCCGAAUCGGCGAGAUGUGCGUACCUCGAUUGUGGAAUUCACGGCCAGAUGGUAGCUUAGUCAAUGGGAGAUGUUUGAGUUACACUGUGUUACGUUCGCUCGUCUGGGUCGCCGCUAUGUCGUCUAUGAUUUGCUCUCUUCACUCAAUCCACAAUCCUCAUGUUCUGUGUCAUGAAUUAGGUGUGCGAUCUAGAAAUAUACGAGGACAAUUGUA